AUGAAGCGCCGUCGGCUAACCCAUCCGCCUCUUUACCACAGAAAAAUAAGCGAAAGGUACGACAAGGUCUUUGCGACGGGAUGUCUCCCCGUGGAAAAGGAGGUGGAAGGCAAGCGAGCCAACGCCGCAUUCGUCGUUCUUGCCAGAAAUAAGGAGCUCGACGGCGUGAUAGAAUCGCUCAAAUCCAUCGAGAGACACUUCAACCGAUGGUUCCACUACCCUUACGUGUUCUUGAACGACGGCGAUUUCGACGAUUCGUUCAAGGAGGGUGUGAAGAACUACACCAGUGCUCCCGUUGAAUUUGGAAAGAUCGAUGACAGCAUGUGGGGUUAUCCCAAGUGGGUUAACGAAGAGGUGGCCAAGGAAGGCAUCAGAAAGCAAGGUGAUGCUGCUAUCAUGUAUGGAGGAAUGGAGAGCUACCAUCACAUGUGCCGAUUCUAUUCUGGGUGA